AUGACAUCCGAUUUUCCAAACCUCGUUCUGGUCAAUAGUCCGAAUACAACGACUCCUUGGGGCAGCCUGAUACGGAGCCUCGAACAUCAGGCAAGGGUCAACCGCAAAAUUAUCCGACACAUACGCAAGAGCUCGAAAAAAGAUCCUAGCUACACGAUAGAGCCUCGACCAGAGAAAGAGAUUGGAUGGACGGAGUCGAUGCAGCCAGAGCUCGAAAAGCUGGCCACCAGCCCCAAAUAUGGACCUGCAUUCUACUACCUCAAUUCUAAGGGACAGAACACAUUCUUCUGGCCUUGGCCGCAGCGAUAUUACUGGUGGAAGACAAGGAAAUUAAAUAUCGGAGAUUAUGUUGAGAGAUGUGGCUUGCACAAGGAAUUAUGA